CCCUUAGGAGGCUAGUCUAUGUCCACGCUGCGAGGAGGUGAGGAGAGAACACGCUGUCUGUCCACCAAGAGAGAGAAGGCCUAGAAGACAGCCAACCUUCCUCCACAGAUUUCUGUGACAGGACAGUAAGGGGAUCUCAUCAGGACGUGGAGCCAUGCUGCUGAGAAUGUCGCCCCGAGCGGCAGCACUACUCAUGCUGUGUGUUCAGCAACUGCAUGCCUCCGCGCUGCUUGCUGUAUCCUCCUACGAGUUCACUGCCUAUAGGAUGCAGCAGUACGCCGUACAGCAGGAAAAACAUGGUUGUCGCGGUGCCAUAGUGCAGGCGGAGGCCCGCUCAGCAGACGAACCAGUGUUAACACGACGCUGUGUCAUCAUGAAGCUGCCGGACUUCACCGUGGAGCGAUACCUGGAGGCGCUGAGGCAGAGCGCUGCCGCUGUACUCCUCCUGCUCCCCAGAAACAUGUCCGCUGUCCCCCAGGAAAUCAUACAGAGCUUCAUGGUGAGUGAGAGUGAAGCGCUGCUAAAGGAUACCAUCAUGCCUGUGUACGUGACCCCGGAGGACGAGCAGCUCCUUUAUAUGUACGAAGAGGUCAAGCACGCAGCAGCCUCCCGCACCUCCUCUAUACUGGUCCGAGUGUUCCGUAGCAUGGUCACAGCCACCGUAUUUCAGAUUCUAGUGAGCAACACCAACCCCAUCAAGCCCAUCACUGACAACACAAUCAUUACUCUGGAGGGUGUACUUCCUGGUGCUGGAGAGGAUGUGCCCACCAUCGUUAUCACGGCCCACUAUGACUCCUACGGCCUUACUCCAUGGCUGUCGUAUGGAGCAGACUCAAAUGGUAGUGGAGUCACCAUCUUGCUUGAGCUGGUCCGUCUCUUCCAGAAACUUUACAGCAAACCCCACAGCCAGCCUCCAUACCAUCUUCUUUUCUCCCUGACUGGCGGUGGGAAGUAUAACUUCCUGGGUACCAAGAGGUUUAUAGAGGAGAAUAUGGAUCAUGCCGAGACCAGCCUUCUCCAUGACAAUGUGGCGUUUGUCCUGUGUCUGGACACGCUGGCCAAUGGGGACGACAUGUUCCUACAUGUGUCCCGCCCCCCCAAACCUGGCACCCCUCAACACGCCUUCGUUCAACAGCUGGAGCAGGUAGUUUCUUCCCGGUUCCCUUGGGUGAGGCUUGGGAUGGUCCACAAGAAGAUCAACCUGGGGGAGUCCACUGUGGCCUGGGAGCACGAGCGCUAUGCCAUGCGCAGGAUACCAGGCUUCACGCUGUCUCACCUGGAGGACCCCAAAGCUGAACUCAGAGGCUCCAUCCUGGACACUGUGUUGCAUGUGGACUUGAGGAAGAUGAAGCGCAAUACACUCGUUAUUGCAGAAUCGCUGGCUCGGUUUAUGUAUAAUCUCUCUGACAAGGGUUCCCCAAAAGACAUACAGGUCUUCAAGGGCCAAAUGGAGUUUCAGGACAGUCGUAUGUCUAGCAUGAUGUCCUUCCUGACGUCACUCCCACGGGCAACACAGCUGGACAAGGAUCCCAAACACGCCAUACUGGUGAACACUCUGGAGCAUGAGCUGAGGCACUACCUGCACCAGGUCCACAGACACACCUUCCGCCAAGACAAGAGGGAUCCUGAACUUACCUUUUUUGACCAAAUGGAGCAACCAAUGAUGAUGUAUAGGAUAAAGCCAGCAGCCUUUGACCUCUUCCUUGGGGGCUGUAUAGCUGCUUACCUGGGGAUAGUCUACUAUGCCAUCGAGAAUUGUGGAUAUCUCUACACCAAACUGAAAGCAGCUGUGAAGUCCAAACAGAAGUAAGGUUGUGACCAGUGCUUCGAAGACCUGGAAGACAACAGAGUUGUGGUUUUUAGGCCCAAUGGAAAAUAUUUUUGUGAGAGAACUGACACUGACUGCAUAGGGAAUUGUGUAGGCCAUACAUUGCAUUUCUAUUUGAAACCAUCUCAACUGAACAAGCCCAUGGGGCAUUGGCGAAAAUUGUAUUUAAAAAUAAUUUGUAGUCCAUGUUAAUGGUGACAAAAACAAAUGUUGCAUUUUAUUACUUUUACGAUUUUUGUAAUAAACAGAAACCCUCUGAAUAACAUAAACUGUUUGUUUUAUUUUCAAAAGUUUAGCUUUAUCUAUUAAUAACAUUUCUAGCUACAUUUGGAUUAUAAAAGUGUUGUAAUUUAUGGAAGAACUCUCAGCCGGAGCAAUGAACUGCACAUUGCACAACUUCAUGACCUUGUCAUGCUAUGGGAUUGUGCACCCCCUAGUGUAUGUAUUUUUCGAUGACAGUGUUGUUGAAUAUCCUUGAAUGUCCUCUGUAGUUUUCGAUAAACUUGUGAUCAUACCUCAGUGGUUGAGAUGGAGAGCGUUAGCAAAAUCUCUGUGCCAUUAUCUUGCUAAAUAACUAAGGCAAGUCAUUCAAGUGUAUCAAACUCCCUUUCCAAACUCCCUUUACAUACUCCCUUUCCAAACUCCCUUUCCAUACUCCCUUUCCAAACUCCCUUUCCAUACUCCCUUUCCAAACUCCCUUUCCAAAUUCCCUUUCCAUACUCCCUUUUAGUUUCACAGCUCGGCUACACUUAUUUGAAAGGACGUGCGAGCCUACAAAGAAGAACACCAACAAACUUCUAGACAUGUGGAUCAGCCAGACACAGCAUCUCAGCUAAUGGUCAGUGCCAACAUGAGGGAGAGGAGAAGCCUGUGCCGGUGAGUGUAGAAGAAGACUAGAGGAUCGAUUUAGCAAUAGUUAUAGGCUUGUAUUUAGAUAAAUGAACUCAUGUUUAAUUGCCUGGAAAGAUGCCCAUGUUGAGUUGAUUAGCUAAUAGCUAGGCUUUUUGCUGGGGAUAAAUGGGGGUUGGACGGAUUGUAUGGGGUUUACAAUAAGGCACAAGUGUCUGGAACCCACAAACAAUAAAUGUGCAACACUAGGCUAGACAGUGGGAGCGGCAAGGCAUUAGUGUGGUACUAAACUAAAUCUCCCCCCUUGCUUGGCAGGCAGUGGUGUAAAGUAACUAAGUAAAAAUACCUUGAAGUAAGUCAUUUUGGUGGGGGGGCUGUACUUUACUCAAGUAUAUAUUUUUGCCAACUAUUACUCAUACUUUACUAUAUUCAUAAAGAUAAUAUGCACUUUUUCUUCCCAUUUUCCCUGACACCCAAA